AUGAAGAACGCCAUUGGCCUUAUCAUUCUGCGUAUUGUUGGGAGUGCCGUAGCUCAGGAUGUGUGCGAAUCAAAAGUUUCCAAAUUUCCUGAGUGUGCUGUGAGUUUCUUGUCUUACUUGAAAUUUAUCUUCUCGGUUUCUUCAAUUAAUACAUCACAGUCAUCAUGUAUCCUCUCGGCCGGAUCAGCGGUAGGAUGCCAAAGAAGCGAUCUCGGGUGUCAAUGUUCAUCUUCGGCAAAUAGUGCCAUGGUAAACUCAGCAAUCGGUUGCGUCCUCGAGGCUUGCGGCACUCAAACGGCAAUUCAAGUUUCUCUGACCGCGUUGGAUGUAUGCUCGUGUGUUUCUGCUCAUCCAACAGGGGCAGCGACAGCGCCGACUGUCGGAGCAACGACGACUGAACCAGUGAGGCCUACACAAACGCCUCUCCCCAGCUCAGCGAGGCAGACAGCAAAUCCCGCGGCGCAGACUGGGCGUUCUGGUAUCAACACAACGGGCCCUCCAGUGCCGGGACUUUCGGGGAGUGUUGAUGAUGUUCAGGUAUGGAUAAAGACGGAAGUGCUGGUUGCAAUCUUUGUUGGGGCUGCCAAUGUAUGGCUAUGA